AAGGCCAUAUCACUUUCUUUCCCCUUUUCCCCUUAUAGAUAAAACUUGCCAAACCCUAAAAGCUAAGAAACUUAAGAGUUUAAAGUUUAACAAAAAAGCUUUUGAGUUCUGAGCAGUGAAACUAAUGGCAAUAAAAGAGCGAUCGUUGGAGGAGACACCAACAUGGGCUGUUGCUGUUGUUUGCUUCGUUCUCCUUUUCAUUUCCAUCAUGAUCGAAUACUUCUUGCACUUUGUUGGUCACUGGUUUAAAAAGAAGCACAAGAAAGCUUUAUCUGAAGCUCUUGAAAAGGUUAAAGCAGAGUUGAUGCUUCUGGGAUUCAUAUCGCUUCUAUUGGUUGUAUUGCAAACACCAGUCUCCCAGAUUUGCAUUCCAAGAAAUAUUGCUGCGACUUGGCAUCCUUGUAGCAACCAUCAAGAAAUUGCUAAAUACGGUAAAGAUUAUAUCGACGAUGGCCGCAAAAUUCUUGAAGAUAUUGACUCCAAAGACUUUUAUAGUCCUCGCCGAAAUUUAGCCACCAAGGGUUAUGACAAAUGUGCAGAAAAGGGGAAAGUAGCAUUAGUAUCUGCUUAUGGUAUCCACCAGCUGCAUAUAUUCAUCUUUGUGCUCGCUGUUUUUCAUGUUCUCUACUGCAUUAUAACCUAUGCUUUAGGAAAGACCAAGAUGAAGAAAUGGAAGUCAUGGGAGAGAGAGACCAAAACAAUUGAGUACCAAUAUGCCAAUGGUAUGUACAUACAUACAUGAUCUCAUCGCCAUAGAGUUUCUUUUUGUAGUAGUAAUCAAAGAAAACAAAGACUAAUAAUCCGGUAGUUGACGUUGCCAACGUUAAC